AUGAACAACAACUUUUCAAAACAUUCACGCGGUAGCCUACAGUCAUACGAGACUCCAAAGUCGCCUUCGAGAUCAACCCGAAACGUGGAUCCAUUAAGACCAAAUGACCCAUUGUUAUCUUCAUCACCGUCGAGACGAAGAAAUCAAAAUACAAUUUUUAGUGACCGAUAUAUACCGAAUCGUAUGGGCGUGGAUUUACAAGCUGCAUUCAGUUUAACAAAUGAAGAAGUACUACCGGAUAUAAGAAGUAACAGGAAUGCCGAUAAUGAGAUUGAGAUUAGAAAGGAAGAGGAGGCGAAUAGAACUUUUGCAACUGUUUUGAAGGCAGAAUUGUUUGGAGAUAAUGUGCCGAUGGCAACAGCAGACUUGACAGGCAGUGUUGCAUCAUCAAAUGGGAACAAUAACAGAGCGAAAGCAUCUAAUCUGCGACCCGGCAGUACUGGUGCCAGCUCCAGCAUAUCAACUGCUGGCACACCACCAAGAUCAUCUAGCUCAUUACCCCAUCUACCGAUGUCUGCCACAUCAUCAGCAAGGCAGCCAGGAAAUACCAGCUCAAUAUCCACUUACGAUUCAGAUGAUGUGUUGUCCACCCCACGUCGUAAAACUAAUUUAUUCACGUAUCAGUCCCCAAAAAAGUCAAGACCAGUGUCGCGAGAUUUACAACAAGAACUAUAUUCUCUAUCACCAGUUCGUCAAGAGUCGCAAAAGUUUCUUUUAUCACCACAAAAGAAAGCUCGUGCUAUUGCAAAAGUGCCCUAUCGUGUGCUUGAUGCACCCGAGCUUUCCGAUGACUUUUAUUUGAAUUUGGUUGAUUGGGGACAACAAGAUGUAUUGGCGGUUGGAUUGGGCGAUAGUGUAUACUUGUGGGAUGGAUCAACGCAAUCAGUUGACCGAUUGUGUAACUUGUCAAACAAGGAUAAAGUGACAAGCUUAAACUGGAUUGGUACUGGUACCCAUCUAGCAAUUGGAACUUCAAAAGGUUUGGUUGAAAUCUGGGAUGCAACUAAAAUCAAGUGUAUUAGGACAAUGACGGGCCAUUCUUUACGGGUGAGCUCUUUAGCAUGGAAUGAGCACAUUUUAUCAAGUGGGUCAAGAGAUAGAACUAUUUUAAACCGUGAUGUUCGAAUUGAAGACCAUUUUGUCAACAAGUUUGAGAGUCACAAGCAGGAGAUUUGUGGGUUGAAAUGGAAUGUUGAUGAAAACAAAUUGGCAAGUGGUGGCAAUGAUAACAAUUUGUUUGUGUGGGAUGGACUAAAUCCCAAACCCUUGUAUCAAUUUACCGAACACACUGCUGCUGUCAAAGCCAUUGCUUGGUCGCCACACCAAAGAGGAAUUUUGGCUUCCGGUGGUGGAACUGCAGACAAGACCAUCAAGACUUGGAAUACUUUGACAGGAAACAUGAUUCACAAUGUUGAUACCGGCUCACAAGUUUGUAACUUGAUUUGGUCAAAGAACUCGAAUGAGCUUGUAUCGACUCAUGGGUACUCCAGAAACCAAAUCAUUGUUUGGAAAUAUCCAUCGAUGCAGCAAAUUGCUCAGUUAACAGGUCAUACUUAUCGUGUCUUGUAUUUAUCACUAUCACCUGAUGGGGAAACAAUUGUUACUGGUGCUGGUGAUGAAACAUUACGAUUUUGGAAUGUUUUUGAAAAGAACAAGAAUAACGAUUCGCCUUCGUCUGUGUUGUUGGGUGCCUUUCUGCAAAUACGUUAA